AUGUCGAAGGAAGACUUUCCAGAUAAAAAUGACAUGGACAAACCAGUACCUUCUACACAGUCAGAUUCGGCUUCUGCACCUAAGACUAAGCCAGACUCAUCUGAUAUUACAUGCUUUGUUCAUUGUGUUUCACCUGUCAAAGCAUCUGGAAGUACGAAGUAUUUUAACUGCAACCUUCAAGCAGAAGGAAAAGUUUUCAAUGCUGUAUGUUUUGCACCUCAAAAGUGGGAAACACUCGACUCCCAUGCAAAACAAAAAAGUCCAGUGAAGAUUAGGAAAUAUCAAACUAGCAACAAGUUUGGGAAAGACGAUGUAAUUAUUAACAAGUACACGUCAAUUGUUCUAACCAUAACUUCCCUUGAGUACAAAGACUUAAAAAGUCCAACAACCAUUGCUUCUCUAUCGCAAACAACCCCUGGACAGCUGGUCACAGUUACAGGAUAUGUUGCUCAUUUAUCUGCAACUAAAGUAAUUCUAAUGCCAUCUGGUGCACUCAAGAAACAAGAGGGAUUCCUUGUUGACCCAACAGGAUCAAUAAAACUUGUGCUGUGGAGAAGUCAUACUGAUACUAUUGAGGUAGAGAAAACAUACACCUUCAAUCAACUUCGCCUGAAAUUUCAAAACUCUGAGCGAUAUCUUAACACGCCAAAAGCAGAUGAAGAUUGCAAAAUUUCACCAACAAGUGCCUUUAAAGAAAGCCUUCCUGCUGCAGAUAUGACCUCAUCUGUAAAAGAAAUCAUGGGAAGUAUUAUUGGAGUUAAUUCUGUGUCAAAACAUCCAACAUGUUUAUCUUGUUCAUCAAAAGUAAUCAUCAAAUGCAGUGGUCAGUUGGCUGAAUGUUCUUCAUGCAAGAUGACAACGAAAUUGUCAAUGUGCAAAUACCAAUGGUUCAUGCGGCUCUUGGUUCAAAACGCAGAAAAUACAAAUGAAAGGAUUCAUUUGAGUGGCUUCAAUUCUUCGGUAGAAAAGCUGGCUUCAGUUUCUAAAAUUGAUCUAGUUCAGAUAACUGAAGCAGAGUUAACUGAAGCAUUGUUAAACCUAGAAAUGCUACAACUAUCAUAUGACACAAGAUCUAAAAAAAUUUUGGAUAUAGAGAAGAUCGACCUUUAA